UUUACUAGUCCAAAAUCAACCCAACUUAUCCUUAAUACACUAAUUACAGUGUGGUUUGGAUUGCGCAAAUUGAUUGGGGCCGGAGCGUGAACACCCCUACAUUCUAUAAUAGAAAUCUGUAAGUUUAUAAAGCAUAUGGGAUUGAACAUUUUCUGUGCAACAUAUACGACCCAAGUCAACAGUCAAGCCAAGAACACGCGUAGCCGUCGCGCUUCUUCUUUUCUGAUAUAAUCUCUCCGCCCAAUUUCUCAUAAUUUCGCACCCCAAAAGAAACAACAUGGAGGACCAGAUGUGGAGCGAUCUACUGUUGCAGGCAGCCAUCAUUCUGAUCGCCGUGUUCAUGUUCCUCUUCAUCCACAGCAUCCCCCAAAAGCUCUUCUCCAAGCUCCGCCUCCUCUCCCGCCGAUCCAAUUUCGAAGCCAAGCGCCAUUUCGUUCUCGGCGCCCAGCUCCUCUCCCAGGCCAGAUCCUCCUCCGACCGCUCCCUCGCGCACCGAGCUGAAGCAGAGGCCGAUAGAGCCAUCUCUAUCGACCCCAAGGAUGCAGCGUAUCACAUACUCAAGGCGCUCGCUCUCGAGCUGCAGGGGUUCAAGACCUCGGCUCUCGAUUCGCUGGACAUCGCGCUGUCGCCGCUGGCCGCGAAAUCUCUGAGCGACGGUGAGAGAGCGGAAGCGUUGUUCAAGCGGGCGGAGCUGCGUUUGGCGGUGAUCGACGGCGGUGGAGCGGUGGAGGACCUGGUGGAGUCGGUGAAGCUGAAAGGGGAUAAUGCGAGGGCGUAUGGGUUGUUGGGGGAGUGUUAUGAGAAGAAAGGGUUGAAAGAGGAGGCCCGAAAAGCGUAUGGGGAUGCUCUCCGAGUCCAACCCGAAUACGAUUCGGCCCGAGAUGCAUUGGCCCGUCUCGUGGCCCCCUAACCCAUUGGGCCUCGUUUGGUUUGAUUGACGGAAUUGUGGAGGACAUAAUUGUUGAGGAAUUCGACGUCGUAUGAUUUGUAAUCUCACGAUAGUCUAUUCUGGUUUGGUUAAAUUGAUUGGAUACGAUGUUUAACAAUAUGUAUUUGGUCCAAUUGAUUGAUAACAUGUUAAUGUUAUGGCCCAAACAAAAGUUAGGAUUCACAA